AGUAAACAAACCGGAACGGAAAAAUAUGUGCCGUGGAUUAUGGCAAAUUAACUUUAUUUUAUCGAAAAAUGCAGUAAUGGUUUAGUACAAAUAGUGAAUUAAUAUAUUCCUAUUAUAUUAAUUUGAAAUACAGUGAGUUUAAAUACGAAAAGAAUGGACGAGUCCGUCACACAACAGUCCUGUCCAAAACAACAGGAUGGUUCCGUUGGUUUACCGACACCGGGAGACGAGCAAAAAACAUUAAAGUUGUCCAAUCCAACCAGCACACCUGACGUUUUAGCAGAUGACGCUCUGAGCACUAAACAUACCAAGCAGGAGAUUGCCAUUAAGCAGGAGAUCAAACAAGAGCUACAGGACGAUACACUUCAAGAUGUUCCAAUACAGGAUGAUGGGCUGCCGUCUAUUCCGCCGUACAAUGUUAUGGCCGAGGCCAGCCAACAGGGUCACGAUCGAUUGACGGACAAUCGGGACCAUCCAUUCGAUGUUUUUGGACGAUACGUUGCUUUUCUCCUGCAUAAAAUGCCACACGAGAAAGCUGUUCGUGCGCAGCAAGAAAUGCUGAAUUGCGUAUUACGAGCUAAACAAGGCACAGGCAUGGAGAACGGCUCAGCUUCUGAGGAUACUUCCGACACCGCGUCAUCCGAAGUAAUCGACGACGCGAUGGACAUCAAAUCGGAAUCGUCUCUAUCGCUGUACGGUGAUUGAAACCGCUUUCGAUAAUAUGUGUUCAGUAAAAUAAAAUU